AUGGCCAAAAACUCCGCAGUGGGGGAAAAGGCAAGAUCAGAAAUCGAGUCCUCCGGCCCAUUGGGCACAACAAUGUCGUUCUGGAGGUCCUGCAACGUGCCGGCAGACGUUCCUGUUCCCCCACUCGUGGUGUUUCCCAAAGAAGCCGUUCCAAAAGCCCCUAAAGACCAGCUUCAACAAACGAAGCUUCAACAGCGCAUCGUUGAUGUUGUGCUCCUCCUCUCCCAACAAGGAGACCUGGGACUCGGUGCAUUUCUCCAACGGUCUUCUGGUGGCCUUCAGCAGCACGUGCUCGUGCGUCUUGAUGGCCUCGGCCAGUCCAAUUGGGUCCUUCAGGAUGUCCAGUUGCACCGUCACCUCGUCGGUUUGCAACAGGUUGCACUUCUUUCUCAAUCUCUGGAUUCUGUUGAUCAGCUCUCUCACCAAUCCCUCAGAUUGCAACUCUGGGUACAUGUUGAUGUCCAAGAUGACCAAAACGUCUCCCUCGGUUCUGACUUCCUGUCCGCCAGAGAUCUUGGCCUCAGGCAAGCUUCUAAACACAGACAGGUCCUCCUUCACAAGAUCGAUACCAGCAACCUCGACCUUUCCGGACUUGAGGAACUCCUUCACAUCGUCGGAAGUAAGGCUUGGCAAAGCGUCCUUGACCUUCUUGGCGUCCUUCUUCAACUUCUUUCCAAGAACAGGCCAGUCGGCCACGGCUCUGUACUCGACACCGUACUUGGCCUCGUCGGAAGUGAUGACCAGGUCUCUCACGUUCAGCUCCUCAACAAUGUAGUUUUGCAGAGCCUUAACGUCCUCAAGGUACGAUGGGUCGGAGUGGAGAACAACCAGCUCCUUCAAUGGAGUCUUCAACGAGAUGGUCUUCUUUUCUCUGAUGUUUCUUCCCAAAUCAAUGAUCUUUUGCAUUCUAGACACAGCAAGCUCGAUCUUCUCAUCAAUCAAAGACUCGUUCACAACAGGAUACGACAAGAAGUGGACAGAGUCGGUGCUCUUACCAGUGAAAAGAGCAUCGGUCAAUGUGUUCAUGGCCUUCAAACAAUCGUCAACACCGUUCUCGCCCUUCAAUCUCUUUCUGUUGAAACGAAUGUACCAGUUGGUCAACUCGUCAAUCAAGUUCAACAACUUUGGAACAACGGUGUACAAACGGUACUCUUCCAUCUCAGUACGGAUGAACUUGAUCAACGACUGGAUAGAGGCCAACAGCCAGCGGUCCAUAACGUUUGUAGAUCUGGACUCUGGGUCGUACUUGAAGUCAAUACCUUCAAGUUUCUUGAGCAAAGCAACUUGGCCUUCCAAGAACUUGUAGGAGUUCCACCAUGGCAACAGAACCUUCGAAACAACCUCCUUGACACCUUCUUCUUUGAACUUCAAGGUCUCGGCUCUCAAGACUGGAGAGUUUAUCAGGUACAAUCUCAAAGCGUCAGCACCGUACGAAUUCAAGACAUUCAUUGGGUCUGGGUAGUUUUUCAAUCUCUUGGACAUCUUCUUACCGUCAGCAGCAAGAACAAUACCAGACACAAUAACGUUCUUGUAUGGAGCACAACCAAACAAGUGAGUUCCCAACACAGUCAAAGUGUAGAACCAACCUCUGGUUUGAUCCAAACCUUCAGAUAUGAAGUUGGCUGGGAAAGCACCGGUGAAUCUCUCCUUGUCGUCAGCAAAUGGAUAGUGCUUGGAAGCAAAAGGCAUGGAACCAGACUCGAACCAACAGUCGAAAACGUCCUCGAUUCUCUUCAAUUGACCCUUACCCUUCUUAGAUGGAAUGGUCAAGUGGUCAAUUUUUUCUCUGUGAAUAUCUGUAAUGGUGUUGUCUCCAGUGAGCUCUCUGAGCUCCUCGAUAGAUCCAACACAGACAACUUCCUCUUUGUCGUCAGAAACCCACAAUGGCAAUGGAGUACCCCAGUAUCUCUUUCUGGAGACGUUCCAGUCUCUGGCGUUGGCAAUCCAGUUGGAGAAACGCUUGUCCUUGAUGUUGGAAGGAACCCAUCUGGUCUUGUCGACGGCCUCGAGCAUCUGCGGCACGAUCUCCUUGACUCUGAUGAACCACGAAGGAACGGUUCUGUAGAUCAAAGGGGUGUCGGAUCUCCAACAGAAUGGAUAACUGUGUCGGAUUUGAGAAGCCAACAACAGUCUGCCGUUAGCUGUCAGUUUCUUGAUAAUCUCCUUGUCUGCAUCCUUGACGUACAAACCAGCGAAAUCGGUCACCUCGCUGGUAAAUUUUCCGUCGUCGUCCACUGGGUUAGGAGGAAUCAAGGUUUCGUUGAUAAUGCCUGCCUCAGUGGCAGCUUCAAAAUCGAUUUCACCAAAAGCUGGAGCCUGGUGAACAAUACCCGUACCGGAGUCGUUGGUGACGAAAGUGUUGCAGUACACCCUGAAACCGGUCUUCUUGAAAUCCUCGUAAAAGUAGUCGAAAACAGGCUCGUAUUUCCAGCCGUCCAUUUCCUUACCGAGAAUCUUUCCAACGAUCUUGUAUUUGGCAUUCUUUGGCUUUGGAUACAGGUUCUUGAUCAGAGACUCCAACAUGAUGUAAGUGACCUGUUUCUCCUCGUCGUAGAUCUUGGAAUACUCGAACUCUGGAUUCACACAAAGAGCAAUGUUCGAAGGCAAGGUCCAUGGGGUGGUUGUCCAGGCAAGAAGAAUUGUCUUGGGGUCGUCUUUCAAUGGGAAACCAAUGGUGACAGCUGGGUCAUUCACGUCUUUAUAGUUCAGCUGGGCCUCGAAAUUGGACAAAGAGGUCGUCACACCGGUGGAAUAAGGCAUCACUCUGUAACCUUGGUAAACAGCUCCCUUUUCGAACAGCUUCUUGAAUGCCCACCAUUCAGACUCCAUAAACUCAGGAUAAAGGGUCUUGUAAUCAUUGUCGAAAUCGAUCCAUCUCCCCAGUCUACCAAUAGUCUUUCUCCAUUCGUCGGCGUAAGUCAUCACAAUGGAUCUACACUCCUCGUUGUACUUGGCAAUGCCCAUAUCCAAAACGUCUUGUUUGGACUUGAUACCCAACUUCUUGUCGAUCUCGUGUUCAACAGGCAAUCCAUGGGUAUCCCAUCCAAACCGUCUUUCAACAUAGUAACCAUUCAUGGUGGCAUAUCUAGGAACAAUGUCCUUGGUGGUGGAAGCCAGAAUGUGACCAUAAUGGGGAGUUCCUGUUGCAAAUGGAGGACCAUCAUAAAAGGCAAACUGAGGGUUUCCUUUCGUCAACUCCAACGACUUAUGAAAGGCGUUGAUCUCAUUCCAGUAUUCCAACACUUUUUCCUCCUCUUUCGGGAAGGAAAAAGACUGUGGGUGUUCUUCAGUCAUGAUGAGUCUUUUGAUUUAAUGACGCCCGUUUCGAUGGGCGGACUGUUGUGGAAAAAACCGUGGAGAUUGUCCAGUUUCCAGAAAUACAGACAUAGAAAAAGAAUGCAAUUGGUGGACUCCAACAUUCAAGCAUUAUACGACGGACUCAAAGCCAACGGAUUAUCGUCCAACAGAGUGGAACAUCUCAUGACUGAAUAUCCAAAGGAAUCCGAAAUGUUACCAAAGAACAAAUACACCGUCUUCAGCAAAUACGCAAGAAAAUACAGAAAGGGUAUCCAUUUCGUUCCAAAAUGGACAAGAUUACCUCUCAGAAAACAACCAUCAAAUGUGUAG